AGGUUACCAUCACAGAAGACAACGCUGUAGACCUGUUGGAAGGUGCCAGCUUCUUCCAGUUUCAACCGGUCAGAGAUGCCUGCACAAAGUUCCUGUGUGACACUCUAUGCGUCACAAAUUGUCUGGAGAGACUGAACGUAGGGAACAUGCUGAUGGACCACCAUCUGGAGAGCACAGCAUUGUCUUACGUCAUGAAAGAGUUUUCAGCUGCUAGCCAAACACCAGAUUUCCUUGAUUUGACAAAGGAACUCCUCAUCACAAUCAUUUCAUCAGAUGACCUUAACGCUCCUGAAGAAAUUGUGUACGCGUCAGUGAUGAAGUGGAUCAGGCACGCCCCAAGGAAGAGGGAAAAGGAGAUGAGAGAGCUGGUGGAGCUGGUUAGGUUCCCCUGGAUGGACAAGUUGUACUUCAUACAGAAGGUACAGUCUGACAAGAUAUUGUGCAAGUGCUGCCCUGAUAUCGUUUCAGAAGCUCUGAAGUAUCAGGCCUACCCAGGGGAGGUCCAGUCACCCCGUACCCGCCCCCGCCGUGCCAGUGGUCUGAGGGAGGCAGUGGUGGUCAUUGGAGGGACAGAGAGAUUUGCACAAGGAAACCCUCCGAUUUACAGCAAUGACAUCAUGAUGACUCAUUCUUCUACACCGUCAAACACAACCUGGGGUUCUAUGACCACAAUGAAGAGGAGUAAUGACUUUGGAUUUGCUGUGGCUGUUUUGGGCACAAGUGACAUCAUGGUGUCCGUGGGAAUUGGUGAGCUUCGGUGCAAGGACGUUUGGCUGUAUCAGGCAAGACUUGACUGCUGGUCUAAUCUUGCUCCAAUCAACACUGCAAGGAUCUAUCACAAGCUGGCAGUGGUGCAAGUUAAAGUCUAUGCUGUUGGUGGCAAAGGCAGCUUCUCACUUCGUGGAACAGCAGCUGGAGAAGUCUAUGACCGAACCCUGAACAAGUGGACUGUAGGUGUUCCACUCCCAGAGCCAAGGUACCAGCAUGCAGCUGCAGGGUUUAAUGGAAGUAUGUACAUGAUAGGUGGAUUUGAUGCUGACUACAACUCAACAUCUACAGUGUACCAGAUCGGCCCAGGAGACUCCCAGUGGUAUUCAGUAAGCCACAUGCCUGAAAAGGCCAUUGCUAUUGCUGCUUCAGCUCUCAAUGGUAGCAUCUAUGUUGCUGGGCUUCCCUCAAAAGUGCUGUGUUACAGGCCUCAGGAGGACUUGUGGACUGUUGUAGCCAACACUGGUGCUGUACCGAGAUGUGGUAUGACUGUCUUUGGUGGUGAAAUUUACAUCUAUAGGGGUAGCAACAACGGAAGUGGAACAAAUAAAGUUUUGUGGCUUGAUCGCCAAGACGAAUCACUUAAGCAGGUGGGAACCAUGCCUAAGGGUCUGUUUAGACAUGGUUGUGUCAAUAUACUGAAGAGCUGA